CAGUGCUACUGGUCCCUCCUGGACGGCAACGGGACCGCCACCUGGCACGACGCGGACCUGACCACCGCCGGUAUCGAACAAGCCCAAGUAGCCCACGACUUCUGGCAAACCGAGAUCGACUCCCAGCGCAUCCACACCCCCGACAGCUACUUCGUCAGCCCACUCACCCGCACCCUCCGCACCGCCAACAUCACCUUCUCCGGUCUCCGGUACCCCGCCGACAGCGCCCCCUUCCAACCACUCAUCAAGGAAUUCUUCCGCGAAGGCAUCAGCAUCCACACCUGUGACAACCGCCGCAACCGCACCUACAUCCACAACCUCUUCCCCACCUGGCCCAUCGAAAAGGGCUUCACGGAGGAAGACGAGCUCUGGAACGGUGUGACCGGGGAGACCAGCGCCGCGCAGGACGUUCGGAGCAAAGACGCCCUGGACUCCGUGUUCAAGGACUCGAAGAAGGUCGGCCGCUUUGUCUCCGUGACGAGUCACUCGGGCGAGAUCUCGUCCAUUCUGCGCGUCCUCGGUCAUCGGACCUUUAGUUUGUCCACUGGUGCGGUCAUUCCCGUGCUGGUUCGCGCGGAGACCAUCCGGGAGCCGGAACCCGUUCCGACCUCUACGGCGUGGACUACCAGUGCGCAUUGCACGGCGCCGCCGGUGACCUCUGUGGCGUCCUGCGUGUGUGCGUCUUCGGCGGCGCCCGUGACUACCCCGCUGGUGACGAAUGCGUACUAG